UCAGUUAUCGAAAACCGAUAGCCCGAUGACUGCAGCAGGCCAGGUGAAAUCAGAAGAUAUUUAAUAAACUUCAUUGAGCCGGCUUUGCGUGGGAACGUGCGUGUGAAGUAAUCACCCGGAGAAGCGGCCGAAGCAAGUAGUGAACCUAGAGCCGCUGCUGCCAGUGGAAGAGAACCCUCUGCGAGGACCUGUCGUGCACGUUGCAUAUUGCCUAAUUUCUGGAGGGGAUUGGCCAAUCCAGUGUCAACCAUGGCAACAGUGGCCCUUUUGUCGCGGCAGCGCAUGCUCGCCUGCUCCUUGCGGCUGUUCGGUGGCUCUCACUCAAGGUGCCUGUCGGCGAUGCCCGGGACCAGGACAAGCAGUCUGGCUACCGAUUCCUGGCCUCUCGCGAGUCGCCAAAGCCUGCUCCUGCCCGCCAUCACCAUCCGCUUCAACCAUAAGUCGGCGAACCCAACGGCGGCUGCACCAGCGCCCGCGGUUAACGACUCCUCCGCCGGCAACAAGGAUGUGAGCGCCACCAAUAGCACCACCUCGAGCGACCUCUUUGGCGAGGCGGCUAACAUGGGUCUGUUCGCCAAGUUCAAGCACAUGUACAAACAGUACUGGUACGUGCUCAUCCCGGUGCACGUGCUCACGUCGGUGGGCUGGUUUGGAGGCUUCUACUACCUGUCAAAAAGUGGCGUUGAUGUGCCCGCUUUGCUGCAGUACGUCCACUUGAGCGAGAACAUCAUUGAGAAGGUGCAAGGCUCGGAUAUGGGCCACUACGCCAUCGCCUACCUCUGCUAUAAAGUGGCCACGCCCCUGCGCUACGCACUUACAUUGGGUUGCACCACCGUGUCCAUUAAGUACCUGGUGCAGCACGGCUAUAUCAAGCCCAUGCCCACCAAGAACGAGCUAAUCAAGAUGUACGAGGACAAGAAGGCCACUCGAGCAAGCGCUAAGGCGGACAAGGCAGAGAAGGACGAGAGUAAAUGAUCCUCGGCCUCGGGCGAGGACGUCGCCACUUCGGCGGUGUCGUUGCCUUUGCCACAGUCUCAAGGACCUAAACCGCCGCCACCGCUGCUGCCAUUGUCGAUGCCCCAAAGGAUCGGCGACCAGCAGCGACCGGCCGCCGGCGAGCGGCGAGCAGUUGACCUGUUGUCUUUUUUGUUAAACUGCCGCCGUUCUUGCUGGCACUGGUGCUCAACGAACAUAACUCUUGUCCGGAAUCAUAGUCGAUCGCAGAAGCAGCAGCCACCGCACUGAUCCACCCAUGCAUACACGUCCGCUACCACAGUUAAAUAGCCACCAUCUCCACCAUCCCACCCAUCCCACGUAUUCAGAUAGACACUCUUGGUGCAUAUGUACUUUGCCCAUGGUUUCUGCUGCAGUUACGAAACCGCUGGACGCCCUCAAUGCCCCAAUAGCAAACCGCAUACUUCACAAACCCAAAACACAAAGCCGCAGGACGUGGAGUUCAGUAGUAGUUGUUUGUAGAUAUAUUUUGUAAAUGUAAGAAUGUUGUCGCAAACCUAACUUUUAAAUAAAGAAAAAAGAAGCAGAGCCCUUAGUUCUGGGUGUGACCCCAAUCGCCUGAACUGGGUUUCAAAUUG